UAAAAGAUUAUCAUUACACAUAAAUUUAACUAAGUUCACAAUGUCGGUAGCGACAAUUCGAAACAAUCACUCCAAUCUUUCAAGUCCAAUUAAACCACCUAUUAAACAAGACCCUGAAUACUUGGCUAGCAAAAAACCUAAAAAAGAGGACAUAUGUAGCCAAACCGUUAAAACUAAUUUAAACUCUACCAACCAAUCAACAGAAAACUCUAUUAACAUUGACAAUGGAAAAACACCAUGCCAAACAAGCAUUAACAUUCCUGCAUCUGAACUAAACAAUAUGUCGACUAACUGCUUAAAUCAAUCUCACAACUAUAAUGGUAACUUGAGCGAUACAAACGGUCUGUCAAACCACUUUUCAGCCUACAAUAACAACAGUAACAUCAAUUCUCACAAUGGCUCACUUGAUUCAGUUGGUCCACUGCCGAACGAAAUAUUUGAGCUGCUAAAUGAAUUUUGGCGACCAAAUGAACUUGUCGCACCGGAUACACAUUUACUAAAUGGUAAAUUUUCAAGACGAAGUCCCGAUGCUUCCCUUGAAGAAAAUGGAGAAGACGAAAAAGAAGAUGAUUUAUCGUCUUUAGCAGAUAAUGAAAUUGGUGCCGACAAAAAUACACAAAAACGUCGUUAUAGCCGACUGUCUGACGGUUAUGAAAGACUUAAGUUAGUUUUACCUUCAGUGAAGGACAAACGAAGAGUCUCUAAGGCUCGUAUACUUGAUGAAGCUAUUAAUUACAUUCAAAGACUAGAAAGUGUAACUAAUGUUCUAAAAAGAGAACACGAAAAACGUUUAAACAUGAUGAAUGGCUCAAACGGCUUUUUUCCUGAUUAUUCAGUGCAGCCUUAUGUGAGGUCGCUUUUUCAAAAACAAAUGUAUCCAUCUGCAAUAAACCAAACAAAAAUGAACCAUUACCCAAAACUUAAUGUUGCAACAAACGCGGCUCCAAAAUCACCACGUUUAAAGCAGUAUUGCACCCAAAAUUACCCGCCUGCAACAUUAAACAACAUUAAUGUUCCAACAAAUAUGUCAGCUGAUUAUAGCUACAACAACAUGACUAGCUAUGUAAACCAUGCUUCAAACUCAUUGUACCAAACGAAUGAUCCAACUCAGCUCAUGAAUGGAGAUUCUUCUUCGCCUAUCACAAACAACUCUCCUUUUAGCACUUGCUCAUUAAGCCCCGGAAAUACCCCUACAACGUUUCAAAACGGUAGCAACGCUGUAAAUAACUCCUGGCCGUACCAGGCUGGAACAGGAAGCUAUGAAACGAAUUCUUCUCAACUAAAUAGCUAUAAUGCAAACAGAGUUUGUAAUGGUGACUUUGGAACAAAUGGCGCUUAUUCAAGUUUAACGAACCACAUGUGGGGAAGCAUGGGUCUACCAGAAGCUUCAAAUCAAAUUGUUCCGCAUUCAGAUCAUUCAAUGAAAGUUGGUUAAGGUUCCUAAUAUGAAAUCAGAUCUUUAUCUGAAAGAUAAUGUUACUCUUAAAAAUAUCUACAAUAGAUAACGAUUUGAUAUCGGCAGAUUAUUUGUUCAAACACAAUAUUUUUAUGAAAUACAGAGCAUAUUUUUAAGACAAAGUUUAUAACAAAAUAUGUUGUACUUUUGGCUAGUUCCAUAAUGAAUGCUAAAAAAAAUGUGUUUCAUAUCGAAAUACACUUAAAAGCUUUAUUAAAGAUCAUUUUUUCAAAAAGGUUCUCCGUUCAAAUACUUAGCAAACUUUUUGCAAUUCAAUUGAUUUAAAAUUGAAAUUAAUGGUAGAACGAACGUAAAGAAAUUGUAUAUUCAGCAAGCUUAUUUAGUGCGUCUUUAAUUGAAAAAAGACGACAAUACUAAUAUUUUUUUUUAAAGAUUUAAUUAUUUAUUUAUUAUUUAUAACUAGUGAUCAUUGUUAACAAACAUUAUUGUAAAUAUCUAAAUGAAAUAAAUAUACGCAUGUAAA